GACGGUAACUGUAGGCGGAAGUAUAAUUUCCAAGAAAUUGAAUAGGCGGAAAUGUGCGUUCCAAGCCUCCAAUCUGAUCAGCCAAUCAGAGCAAUGUCAGGGCUCAGCGUGACUGAAGAUGGCAGAGGCGACAAGGGAGCCAGCUGCCCGCACAGUUGUGCAGCAGUGUUUAUAUGCCAAGCUGCAGGUCAAACCUUCCGAUCAGAACUUUGAGGCAGAGUGGGUAGAGAUCAAGAGAGGCAUGGUCAUUUAUGUUUGCUUCUUCAAAGGAGCAGAUGCUGCUGUGAUUCCAAAGAUGGUGAACUGUCUACUGACUGUGAAGCUAAGUGAGACAGACAGCGGGAAGCAUGUUCCUAUCACAGAUCUCCCUGGUGAUGUCCUCAUUGUCCCCCAAGCCACUCUAGGUGGAAAAGUUAAAGGUCGUGUAACACAGUACCAUUCCAAUGCCAGCAAGGAACUAGGAAUGGAACUAUAUGCUGAGUUCAUAGCUCAAUGUCAACGGGAGUUGGAAAAUCAUCCUAAGUGGGCUGAGUCAGGGUCUGUGCUACGUUAUGGAACCUAUGGUAAUAGGCAAGUUCUGCAGCUCAACACAAAUGGACCUUACACUCACCUGCUUGAGUUCUGAUUUCAGAUUAGUGGCUCCAUUUAAGUGUCAAUAGAUCAUAUGAUGCAAAACUAGCCUAUUGUUCGUCUGACUUUCUGAUUAGGACUCAUUCACACUCAUGUUUGCACUUGCAGAACUUCAGUAAUAUAGAAGACAAAGCAUAUUUUCAACAGUAACUGUCAGCAUCAAAUAAAUGCCUAUUUUAACAAGUACUUUUGUCUGUGGCACUAUAUCUAAUGCACAAAGAUAAAGUACUGGUUUACAAGUUUUCACAAACUAUAAUGUAAAGUUAGGUAUGAUGCAAUAAAUAUCACACCUGCACUGGGGAAUCUAAUAUACUCUGGAUUUAUAGCAUAGAUAAAUAAAGUCUUUUUCAAUAGAGAAAUAGUUCAAAAUAAAAAGCUGAUGAUUUUUCUCAA